AUGUUGGCGAGCAACUCCUUCACCAUCAAGGCAAUUGCCUUUGGAGCCUUGGCUCUGACUGCCUCGGCCGCCGUCCCAACCGACAACAAGCUCUGGAAAGUCCCCGCUCGAAUAGAAGGCGAUUCUCUGGAACUCGCAUGGCAACAGCUCCCUGUCAAAUCGGUGAAGGUUGACACCGCUUGGCACGAUGGACGGACGUUCUCCUACUACCCCUUCAUCUACAAUUUCGGCGGCACUUUGUACCUUCUCUUCUCGGCCAGCGCAAAAGACAUCGAUGGCAUGGGCCAGGAGGUGCGAAUCUCUUCCAGCAACGAUGCGGGUAUUACGUGGAGCAAGCCAGAGGUUGCUUUCCCUGCAGCGCUCCUGCCAAACCAGACAACUGUGAAAAACUCGAAGUACUACUGCGAUGGAGGUAUCCCACAACGUGCUUUGCAGCCAUUGACCAUCACGUCCCUGCCAGGCGGUUCAUUCCAAGUCUUCGCCGUGGCGCAAUCGAGCGACAACAUCUGCCCCGGCUAUUUCCAGUCAGCUGGCCGUAUUGCUCGCGAGCUUAACGUCCACGGGUCCGGGACCGGGUUGUUCAUGGGCGACCCAUGCUGGAUCGAGACGAACGACUACACCGGCGCUCACGAAUGGGCGGAGACUGUCUAUGGAACUCAGUAUGGAAUGAAAGUAUGCGAGCAAAAGGAUGUCAUCAACACGGCUGUGAACGAACCAGACAGCCUCGGCCCAGUGGCUACACAGCUCUUCAAUUCGCCAAUCAUCGCUAGUGAUGGCCAGCACAAUGUCACCUAUCCCACCAAAGCAGUCUGGCACAAUUCUCCAGAUGGUAGUGGUUACUGGCAACGAUUCUGGCAAGACGCUUCUGUCAGGAACAACACCGGCUCCGCUUGGGUAGAGUACAGUACAGACCGGGACGGCAAGAACUGGUUCCCAGCCACAGACUCUGGUAGCCAAAUCCAUGAGACCAACAUCUACCAGGAGGGAGAAAAGGCUCACUUCGGAGCCUUCGAAAGCACGGAACAACUUCGCUACUAUGUAUCGAAUGGCGGCAUGACCAAGGCCUUGGACCAGGAACUCCUGACCAUUGCGACGUCGCGAGGUGACGACCCGGCGUUCCACAAGAUCGGCAUUGUGCGUGGAGGCAAUGCGGGCAAGAAAGUUGCCAGAGGUACACGAGGUCUUGCUCCGGGAGUCCCCGGGUUUUAUUGGCCGUCCGCCGCUGAGGUUGGUGACAAGCUUGCUAUUGCCUACAGUGAGAACAGGCAGGUCAUUUGGGUCAGUGUGAUCGAGGAGGCGAAGCUUCCGUAA